GCCAAAAUGAUGCGUUUCGUUCCUUUGUUCCUGGUGUGUAUUUUGUCGUUGCCUGCCUUUCAAGCCACAGAGCUUACAAAAUGCGAGGUGUCCCAUGCCAUUAAAGACAUAGAUGGCUAUCAAGGCAUCUCUUUGCUUGAAUGGGCCUGUGUUUUAUUUCAUACCAGUGGCUACGACACACAAGCUGUUGUCAAUGACAACGGCAGCACAGAGUACGGUCUCUUCCAGAUCAGUGACAGAUUUUGGUGUAAGAGUAGUGAGUUCCGCGAUUCGGAGAACAUCUGUGGCAUCUCCUGUGACAAGUUAUUGGAUGACGAGUUGGCUGAUGACAUAGCGUGUGCCAAGAAGAUCCUGGCUAUCAAAGGAAUCGACUACUGGAAAGCCUACAAGCCCAUGUGCUCUGACAAGCUUGAACAGUGGCGUUGUGAGAAGCCCUGAGCCCCCGUCCUUGCCGCUCCUGCCCCGUGGUCAGGAAUGCCUCUUCCCUAAGGCUACCUCAGCUUGGCUCUUGCUAUUUCUGUGAAGAUGAUCUGCCUCUGAGCCUUGUACCCUGUAGUGACACCACCGGACUCUAGAGGACUUUUUUUUCCGAUGGGAGUGUGACUGGCGCACUGGACUGCAAACCCUUGCUUAGUAACGGCGAGGGUCUUGAUGGGGGUUUCACAAAAGCGAGAGAGCCCUCCCCUGUCCCAAAUAAAGGGCCAGACUUGA